AUGAAUUACGACAAGCAGUAUUCGUACCAAAACAACCACCAGUCCUACCAAAACAAUACCUACCAACCUCACCAAAACAACACUUAUCAACCUUACCAAAGCAACACCUACCAGCCUUACCAGAACAACACCUAUCAACCCCCGGCGUAUCAUCCUGGCAACAAUGUGGAGUUGCCCAUGUAUGAAACGCCAACAUUCAACGACUCGACAAGGAACUCCAAAGCGCUAGUUGGGGCAACAUCGAGGUUCCCCCCCACAUUUAACUGCUACGGACAGUGGAAGUGGAAGCAAACCUACCACCUCGGUCCUUCGUCGGAGGAGAAACAGUUUACCAUCACUUUCGAUUCGAAGCUCUUUACUAGGAAGCAAUCACUCUUUCUCCACCAUGGCGAUAGUGACAAGGCACCAAUCAUAGCUACGGCGAGCCGGAGCGGAUCCGGAUGGGUCGAUCGUGCCACGGUAACACUCCACGGGCAGCGCGGAAACGAUCAAGACGUCGAGUUCACAAGGCCAGAGGGAGCUGGCUUCCGACAGAGUGAAGUCCGCGCAUUCCACUGCAGAGUCAACAAGGACUACGUGGAGGAGUUCCAGUGGAGGACUUCGCACGGAAAUGAAAUCAAGGAACUUGCCGGUCACUCAUCGGGAUGGAAGUUGGUGCGCAUGUCGAGGCCAUCCCCUGUUGGCGGACGUUCGAAGAACCCGGAAAUGGGAUUUUCCAGCGAUGGACAGGAGGUCGUGGCAGUUGUGGCCCACAACAUGUCAUGGAGCAUGACCAAGGGAUACAAGUUUGCAUUCAUGGGAAGUGGCCUGACAGGAACUCUCGGGGAGGACUUUGAGACGCUGGCUGCCAUUACCGGAUUCUGGCUAUGGUGGCAACAGGUCACCAAGACCGGCACCACUUCCAGCACAGUGGCUGCGGUCUCUGCAUAA